AUGGGUCAGAUGAAGGCAGAGAUUCGCGACAACAUCGUUCACUCGCCAUACCCAAACGUCGAGGUCCCGGUUUACGACUCCAUGUUUUCAUUCUUCAAAAGCAGGGUCGGGAGGUUCGGCGAGCGCACCGCACUUGUAUACAGGGAUGAGUGCUUGAACUUUACGAACUUAUUGCAAAACGUUCAGCGUUGUGCUGCUCGACUACAAUGUCUAGGAAUUGGGCCUGGAGAACGCGUGUACUGUCACGUAACCAACAACAUUGACAGCUUUGUGGCAGUAUGCGGUGUUCUCGUCUCGGGAGCGACAUUUGUAACAUCGGACAUAAACUUCACAACCGACGAGCUUCUGGCGAACGUAAAGAGGAAAGAUUCUACGUACGUGCUGGCCGAUGGCAUCACAGCGCCAACAUUCAACCGCAUAAGGGACCAGAUCAAUGUGAAGGGCUGGCUUGCGGCGAACGUCGUGGACAGCUUUACAUGGGUUUCGAGCUAUGAGGAAGGCUCAGAACUUCGCUACGCAGACCGCGCCAUUUCCCCGGAAAACACUGCCUUCGUCAGCCACACGUCUGGAACGACCAGUGUUUCCAAAUCAAUCGAAGUCACGCAACAAAGCUUCAUCGCGCAAGUAUGCUGCCGCGAUGGCCUGCGCCUAGCUUCGGAGAACGACGUUUUGCUUACACACCGCAGCAUUACGUACUUCUUUGGCUUUUCCCACGCUUUCUUCAUGGUGUGCUGCGGCGGCAAGGUUGUAUUGCUGGAUUCUGAGGAAAUCUCUCAAGUAGUCGAUGCCUUGAUAUCUCAUAAUGUUACAUCUAUAACUGGAAAUCCUCGAGGAUUUUUUGGUAUCACCGAACAUGUGAAACUGAGGGGCAACAAGCUCCCGUCAUUGAAAAAGGUGAUUUCACUGGGCGUCAAACUUCCGGAGGAUAUUGCGAUGUCCGUAGCGUCUUUCUUUAACCUCGAGGAGCUGCGUGAUGGUUACGGGAUGACAGAGGUCAGCGGAUUUUUAACCAUCACUCCCGCUAGAGAGAUCGCCAGUGGUGACGUCGGCUUUCCCGUUCCAGGAUCACGAAUGAAGAUUGUUGACGUCGAAACCGGGGAAUCUCUUGGGCCAAUGCAAUGCGGCGAAAUUCUGUUCCACACACCAUACCUGAUGCACGGCUACUACAAGAACGUCGAAGCUACUGCUGAGCGGAUUGACAAAGAUGGAUGGUUGCACACAGGCAAACAUUCUUUUGCAGUAUUCGGAAAUAUAAUGAGUUGA